AUGAUAGAAAGAAAGUCAACCAUAAUCCAAACAGAAACUCCUAGUCAAUCUCAACAAUCAACACGAAGAAAUCAGGGCCGUAGUAGGGGCAGAGCACGUGGCCGAGGCAGUGCAAAUAUACGAAGAGAUCCUAGCGCACUUUUAAAUCACGUAAACUUUGGCGUGAAAGUCUUAAACACCUACUAUGGAGAUGAUUCAUCAGAAAAUGCUGUAUCAUUGUCAAAAAUGACAAAAACACAUCCGAGUUUACUACAAAGAUUUUCAAUAGCUAAUGUACCAAAACCAAAGAAGAAAAAAGAUGUUGAAAUACUCUUGAAGAAACAAUUUGGAGAUAAUUGA